AUGUAUGGUACAACAGAAGCUGGAGCUUUCAUUUGUAUGCAACCAUUAUUUUCGGAAGAAAAGACCGGAAGUUGUGGAAUUUUAUUGCCAAAUGUUGAAUGCAAGAUUGUGAAAUUAUCGAGUAAUGAAGAAUGUGAAGAAAAGGAAAUCGGUGAGAUAUAUUUAAAGACAGCAACAAUGAUGCAAGGAUAUUUGGAGAGUACUACCGAUAUCGACAAUGCUUUUAUUGAUGACUGGUUUCGAACUGGUGAUUUGGGAUAUUAUGAUUUCGAUCAAUUUAUUUACAUAACUGGUCGUAUUAAGGAGAUGAUCAAAGUUCGCGGCUGGCAGGUAAUACCUAAUGAAAUUGAGGAAGCAAUCCAAGAAUUAGAAGAUGUUGAAUUGUGUGCUGUAGUUGGUAUUCCCGAUGAAUAUAGUGGACAACUACCAAAGGCUUAUAUUCAGCUUCAUGAUGGAUGUCAAGUAGACGAGAAUACAAUUCAUCAAUUAGUGAACUCCAAAUUUGCGAGUUAUAAGCAACUAAAAGGUGGUAUCCAAUUUAUCGACAACAUGCCAAUUAACAGUGCUGGAAAGAUAUCACGGAACGAAUUACUGAAAAUGAAUCAAACGGAAAGUGAUAUAAUUUAA